GUGGCGCUGCGGGCGGGGCUCGCUUUCUGGUAACCAUAGGGACGCAAUAGGCGCUGGUGGCCAGAUAGCGCGGUAGUCUUUCUGGGGCUCCGAGGACUGCAGGGCUACAGAUUGAAGAUGGAAGAACCCCAAGGGAUUUCCUGGAGUGCUAUCUGCGAGAGUGACAUAAUAACAGAAAAGUACCCAGUUGACUCCAAGAAACAUGCACCUCAUGUGCAGCUGGCUUGCAGUGUGUAGUUCUGUGCCUUCCCUGUAGAUGGAAAUCAGCUUUGGGUGUGGGGCCACAGGGGUCCUCCACACGGGGGGCACCAGCAGUCAAUUACUGCUAUUGCUUUUGGAAAUCGAGAGACCCCACCGCUCAUCUGUUCUGCAUCUCAGGAUGUUAUCAUGAUGUGGAACCUGGAUGGGUGCAGAGAAAAGGUACUUCAAGGGCUGCUUCCUCAAGGGACUGUCAUGAGCACCCUUCUGAGGAAAGUGCUGUGUUUAAGAUUUAGUCCAGAUGAUCAUGUUGUUGCAGUCGGUUCAGGAAACACAAUAUUCAUGCUGGAUGUCAAGGUCUGGGACCAUUUAAUGGGAUCAUUAAUAUUCAGUUCAUCCAUUUUAACAGGUCACGAUGGAGCUGUGAAUUGCAUCUGCUGGAGCCAUGAUGGGAGGUGGCUGCUCUCUGCUGCACAGGACUGGACUCUGAGGGUGUGGUCAGUUCACAGGAAGGAAAUCAUGCUGCUGCUGGGCAGAGACGUGCUUCCUCAGCCUGUGCAGGCUGCGCAGUUCUACUACAUAGACACCUUCAUCCUGCUGUCUUCUGGCCCAGAAUUGUGGUCACUGAAGUAUCACCUUGACACUUGCAAAGAUGAGCUGAAGAGGUAUAAACCAAAGAGCCAGUACAAGCUCAUCUACCAGCUCUCUCUGUCAAACGCAGCCGAUGUGACCAGUUUGUCAGCAGUGAAUAACUUAUAUUCCUACCUUGUACUCAGAGCUGGCCGGGACAGGACUUUGGAAGUUUUCGACUUCAAUGCUGGCUGAAGUGCUGCAGUGAUAGCAGAAGCCCAUUCAUGGCCUGUCUAUCAAAUUUGUCAAAAUACAGGAUCAUCAUUUACGACCCGGCAGUCCCAGGCAUAUAAUCUCUUCCUGACCACGGCCAUUGGUGAUGGAGUUGAACUGUGGGACCUGAGGACUCUGAGGUGUGAGCGCUGAUUCCAAGGACACCUGAACCUCUACCCAUGUGGAAUGGCCCUCAGUCCAUGUGGCCGGUUCGUGGCUUGUGGUGCUGAGGACAGACAUGCCUACCUGUAUGAGCUGGGCUCCAGUGCUUUCUGCUGCCAGCUGGCAGGACACACGGACACCAUCACCGCAGUGGCCUUCAACCCAGCAGACCCCCGGGACAUGCGCCCUGCCCUGCCAGUGUGUCCAUGCUGUGGGUGCUGCCCACCCAUUAGGCAGUUUGCGGCCAACUGGCUAUCAGAUGGACUAUCAAGAAUGUUCAUCCUUGAAAACUGAACCACACCAUGAGAAGCCCACCCUGCUGUGGAGGCCAUCUAGGGACCCCUUUAGCAGUUCAAGCCCUCGUACAUGAUGGCUGCCAGCACAACAUCGAAAGAAGACUCGCCACUGAACUCGUACAGGUCCUGACCCACAAAGUCUUCAAGUGUAGGACAGUAGUUAUUAUUUUAAACCACUUGACUUUGAGGUAGCUUGUAGUGCAACAGUAAAUAAUUGGGACCUGCUUUUUUAUAUUUUUUUGUGUAUUUUUAUUUCAUAAAGGUAUAUUUUCUUAAUCUGUUUUUAUUGGCAUUUUUCCUUUGGAAUUGGUUAUGAUUUUAUCCAUAUUUUGACAUUAUUCUAUUAGCCGUUAUCCUCUGCACUGCUUAUUUCCUGUCUCUUCAUAGCUUUCCUUUUACACAAAGAGACCACAUCAGGACUACUAGUUAGCACUGUUUUCUACAUUUUUUCUUGAAAAACUGAGCAUGAUCUAUAACAAGAUCAAAGGUAAUUUGAGCCAUUAUCUUAAUAUCUAAAAGGGCAGUGUAGACAAUGGUUCAGUUGCAUUACAAUUUUGAGCUGCUCACAUAUGUAUCCUUCAAACAACCUUUAAGUAACAUCAUUACAGAGUGGCAUAUGUGUCACUAGAAGUCCUGUGUUAUUGAAUUCAUAACCUCUUAUUUUAUUUUAUUAAAUGUUUCCUUGCUUUACUAAUCUUUGCCUCCUCUAGAAUAAGGUAGCUAAGUGGAUUAAUGUUAUAAUUUGAGAUGUCUUUUGAGUUCUAUGAUUAUACUUUUGUGAAACUGUUAGGUUUUAAAAUUUAAUAUAAUUUAGUGUUUUGAUCUUCAAGGAUUUCAAAUUGUGAGUAGGUUUAUAAAUGUUUAAAGCUUCCUGUUCUUCCUUUUAUUUUAUUUUUUUGCUAAAAUUGAAAAUUGGGUGUGAACUGCUAAAGACUAAAGCUUGAUGUUUGGUGUUUUUCUUCUCUCAGGGGAAGACAAGCAGCCAGGAGAGCAGAAGAUUUAGAGUUGAAUAAUUUCACAAUUUCAAACAGCUAAAGCAAAAAAAUAACUUGCUUUGCUAAUUUAAUGAUAAUGUAUGACAACAUAAAUGACAUGCUUAAUGUUUUUGCAUAUCUUACCAUUUGAACCUGGAAAAUUUGAUAUCAGAGUCCACUAUGAGUCUGUUCAUGUUUUCAGUUUAGCUUUAAAGAAGAGUAAAUAUACUGAGCUGCCUGGGAUAUCUUAUGAGAACUAGUUGACUGACAUACUGGCUGUGUUGCUGCUGAUUCUAGGUUAGAGCCCUCUUUAAAAGCUACAAAGGCAAAAUUUUAUUUAGGAAUUGAUUUAAAUUACAUUCAGACAUAAAACUGAAAUACUAUUUCAUUAUUCCUACUCAGAGUAUUGGAUUACUGAAAAGACUUUUUCAAACACUCAAUUGCUAUUGAAUUGACUAUAGUUAAGUAUACUUUCAGGAUGUCUAGGUAUAAAUUUACUGACUUCAUAAGAAGGCACAGUAAUUUGGCAUGGCAUGAUAGAAGUUAUUAGCAUUUGGAGGGCAAUUUUAAAAACUACAGUUUGUCACUUCUGUUUUUCUAUUUAGAAAUUUAAUUCAUAAUAUUUUAAUGUAUAACAGUUUAAGCUAUUUUUAAAAGUUGGGUUGAAAUCAUUUGAUUAGAGAAAAAUAAUGUAAACUGCCAUCUCUAAACAUAUAUGUAUGUUAGCCUGUGUUUGUAUGAAAAUUUUUACUGAGGCCUUUACUUCCUCAAUUGUAGCAUUUCAGACCAUCCCUCACACUGCUCCCAGCCCAGAGGAAAGGGCUUUUGGGCUGCCUCCUGUCCCGCAGCUACCAGCCCAGAGGUAGGGGCUUCUGAGCCACUGUCCCACUGCUCCUGUUCCAGAGGAAGGGGCUUCUUGGCCACCAUCCCUCCCGCCACUCCCAGCCCAGAGGAAGGGGCUUCUGGGCCACCAUCCAUACCACCACUCCUGGCCUCUGUCCCAAAUCUCGCAGCUCAGGGAAGGUGAGCCCUGUGGGUGCCAAGAGCAGCCCCACUGCCCCCCCUCCCAGUCAAAAUGAGAAAACACGUAAAUAAGUCUCAAAACCAGACUUCCAGAUCACCUACAGCAACCUCAAAGGGAAAUGAGAUAGAACACUCAAACCCAACAAAAAG